AAAAAGUAAACAAAUUAAAGCAAAACAAAAAUCCAGUAACCGGUAAUGUUCGAGUUUUUCAUUUUUUUUUUUUUUUGAAUCUUUGUAGGGUUUAACUUUUAGGUUUUCCUUUUAUUAUUUUGCAAAAGUCUCUUUUAUAAAUAUUUAGAAUCCUAUGAAUUUUGAUCAAUAGAUGUAUCUUCUCUGGUUAUAGCCAAAAAAAAACAGGAACGUUUCUUGCACCAAAUUUCAGGAAUCAGGAAAACGAUAAUCCAUUUAUGGGAGUUUUUUUCUAUUUUUGAGAAAGAAAAUUUUUCUUCAUAUAUUGAUUUACACAUGAAUCAAUUCAUUGCUGAAAACACACACACAGAGAGAGAGGUUACAAAUUUUGGCUGGUUUAAAGUUGAAAUUCAACAUUUUUUUUCACUGUUUUUGUUUCAAUUCAACACAAAUGACCGCCGGAAACAAAAAAAAAAAAAGUUUAAUCAACGACGGGACACGCAACUAAAUGCAGUGUAAAAUUGGUUACGUUUUGCUCACCAUUUUAUACGCCAAACCAAAAAAAAAAAAUUGAGAUCCCUGUGAGGAUGACGCCCGAUUCAUUGUUGUUGUAGUGGCUGUGUCUCAUUCGAUAGAUACACAUCAUAAUAAUCACAUGUGGUAGUGGUUAAGAUUUAUUAACGUUGAUGUUUUUUUUCCCAGUAACUAUGAGCAAUUGGGUUAGCGUUGGGUAUUUUCACUUGCAUUUCGUCAUUGCUAGCGUUCAUAUCGUAUUCAACUUUUUUUUCAAAAAAAAAAAAAACCUAAUCAUGUCUGGCCGCGGUAAAGGUGGUAAAGGUCUUGGAAAAGGUGGCGCAAAACGUCAUCGUAAAGUUCUUCGUGAUAAUAUUCAAGGUAUUACGAAACCAGCUAUUCGUCGUUUAGCUCGUCGUGGUGGUGUCAAACGUAUUUCUGGUCUAAUUUAUGAAGAAACCCGAGGUGUACUCAAAGUAUUCCUUGAAAAUGUUAUUCGUGAUGCUGUCACCUAUACUGAACAUGCUAAACGUAAAACUGUCACUGCUAUGGAUGUUGUAUAUGCAUUGAAACGUCAAGGACGUACAUUGUAUGGUUUUGGUGGUUAAUAAUAAACUUAUUGUCAAUGGAAUCAAAUAUCAUCUGGCUCAUUCAUUCACUCGGUCUAUUCAUUCAUUCAUAUCAUGAUAAAAAACGGUCCUUUUUAGGGCCCUGGAUUUUUUUUUGCUUUGAUAAAAAUAAAAAUUUUAA